ACCCCUCAGGCAUAAAUAGGGCCUCCGAGGCCUGGCGGGGGAAGAGGCCGCCCUUGUACCGGGGAGGAGAGCAGAAGGGUACCCAGAAGCGAGCGCCCCGUCCUCGAUGGCUCCCGCUGGCCUGAGCCUGGGGGCCGCCGUCCUUUGCCUCGUGGCCUGGGCUGGCCUGGCCGCCGGGGACCGGGUGUACAUACACCCCUUCCACCUCCUCGUCUACAGCAAGAGCAGCUGUGACCAGCUGAAGAGACCAAGUGUGGAGGCCCCCGCAGACCCAACCUUCACGCCCGCCCCGAUUCAGGCCAAGACGUCCCCCGUGGAUGAGGAGGCUCUCUGGGAACAGCUGGUCCGAGCCACCGAGCAGCUGGAGGCCGAAGACCGGCUGAGGGCCGCCAAGGUGGGGAUGCUCCUGAACUUCAUGGGCUUCCACAUGUACAAGACGCUGAGCGAGGCGCGGAGCGCGGCCAGCGAGGCGGUGCUCUCCCCAGUGACUCUCUUUGGCACCCUGACCUCUUUCUAUCUGGGAGCCUUGGACCCCACGGCCAGCCAGCUACAGGCGUUCCUGGGCGUCCCUGGGGACGAUCAGAGCUGCACCUCCCGGCUGGAUGGUCACAAGGUCCUGUCCGCCCUGCAGACCAUCCAGGGCCUUCUGGUCGCCCAGGGCGGGGCCAGCAGCCGGGCCAGGCUGCUCCUGUCCACGGUGGUCGGCCUGUUCACGGACCCCGGGCUGCACCUGAAGCAGCCCUUUGUGCAAGGCCUGGCUCCCUUUGCCCAGGUCACCCUCCCACGCUCGCUAGAUUUGUCCACGGACCCAGAUCUCGCCGCUGAGAAGAUCAACAGGUUCAUGCAGGCGGUGACGGGGUGGAAGAUGGGCAAGCCCCUGACUGGGGUCAGCCCCGACAGCACCCUGCUCUUCAAUGCCUACGUCCACUUCCAAGGAAAGAUGAAGGGGUUCUCGCUGCAGCCUGGGCUCCAGGAGUUCUGGGUGGACAACACCACCUCUGUGUCAGUCCCCAUGCUCUCGGGCACCGGCACCUUCCACCACUGGACCGACGCCCAGAACAACUUCUCUGUGACCCGCGUGCCCCUCAGCGCCAACACCUGCUUGCUGCUCAUCCGGCCGCACUGCGCCUCCGACCUGCGGAAGGUCGAGGCCCUCGCCUUCCAGCACGACUUCCUGACCUGGAUGAAGAACCUCUCUCCCCGGGCCAUCCGCCUGACCAUGCCUCAGCUGACACUUCAGGGGUCCUACGACCUGCAGGACCUGCUCGCCCAGACCAAGCUGCCCACCCUGCUGGGCGCCGAGGCGAACCUGGGCCAAAUCAGCGAUGCCAACCCCAGAGUCGGCAAGGUGCUGAACAGCAUUCUUUUUGAACUAAAAGCCGAUGAGGGAGAGCUGCCCACGGAGUCCGCCCUGCCGCAGGCUGGGCCCGAGGUCUUGGAGGUGACCCUGAACAGCCCGUUCCUGUUGGCCGUCUUGGAGCACGAGUCGGCCGCCCUGCACUUCCUGGGCCGUGUGGCCAACCCGCUAAGCACCGCGUGAGGCCUGCCGCCAGGGCCACCAGGGUCACCACCCCAGCUCCGUCCCCUUCCACUGAGUCUGCCUGGAGCCAGAGAACAGAGAUCCUCUCUGGGACCCAGUGCUGUUACAAUGAGGAGCGGCCUCAGUCCUCAGGCUUCUGGGGGAAGGAUGUUUAGCUGCUCCCGAGAGGGCUUGAACACACCUGUUUGUUUGUGAAGCCCCCAAUGAUUCCCUUUCUCAUGGAGAAAUUGGGUUUUAAAAUGAAAACUUCCAUUUGUUAUUGCCCCAGGCUCACCUUUAGCUCGCUGAGUGUGACAGGUGGCCUGCACGGGGUUCCACAAUGCUGUCCUUUCUCUCGGUUGCUCAGUGUUUCUUUCCCCUGAGACUUGUGGUUUUUGAAAAACACAUAACGAAAGUGUCUGAAUGUACAUUAGAUGUAAUCCCACUGCUGAUUAUCCCUGUGUUAUUAAUAAAUGUCUUGCAACCAUUAGCAAAAA